GAAAUGAUCAAUCAAUUAGUUAGGGCCGUGUGUCCCUCGCGUCCACUGUCUGUGAUCAUCGCCUGUCGCUAGCUCGCUCGCUCGCUCGCCCGCUCGUUCACUCACGCACGUUGGCUUUAUCCUACAGAGAUUUGUUGCCACGUGGAUCACAAGGGACAAAGUUAAAAAUAGUUGUUGACGUCAAGCAACCAAGAAAGCAAGCAAGCAGUAAUUAUGUACGUGUCGCCGUCGCCAUCGCCAUCGCUGAGAAGCGCUCCAUAUGGAGCAAGUCCGUCGUAUUCGUCGAAUGCCUCCACCCUACGGGUGAGGAGAACAUGCGUGUCACGUGUUGUGGAGAAGACACGUGUCGCUAUCACGCUCAGCCCUGCUCCGAUCCCGAUCACCUUCAGUACUUGUACGGAUGACAAGCCGUACGCGUGUCCACGUCAGCCGAGGACACGUGGCAAGCUACGCGGGAAUAGAAUUCCUCGUCCGAAGACGACGAUGGCGAUUGCCCCUCCUCCUCCGGCGUCUGCAAAGCAAGAGAGACAGCGGCAGCAGCGAUGGAUUGGCGCGCAGAUGCCGCGGGUGGUUCUAGGAUUUCCCGCCAACACGUGGCAGCAGCUUCCCGCCAACACGUGGGAGCAGCCGACUUGUAAUCGUCGGCGACGGCGGCGAUGUCCAGAUCUCUCUCGUGCGCGCUGCUGCUGCCACGUCGAAGAGCACAGGUGGUUGGCGCGCCGACACGUGGAUGGAGAUGGGGAGAGGUGGUGGGCGUCUGACGUUUUGGGGGUGUUUAUUUGUCAGAGCACCCUGUCAUCGCGGUGUGGGGUCCACAAAAAAAUGAUGACAUGGCGGCCAGGUAGCAGCAGUUGGAUGAACAGAGGAAGAAGAAGGCAAGAAGUUGAUGUCAACAGCAUGGAGAAGACAGGACAACGGCGAGGUCUGGCUAUGGCGUCCUCCUCCUCUUCCACAGCAGGGCAGCAAGGAUCUUCGUCUUCCGUUAGCAAAAAAACGCCGUCGUCGACUGCUCUGGACUCGACGGCGGCGGCGGCGGGGGAAGAUGGAACAUCAUCAACGGAUGUAGCGAUUGCCACGUGGACGAAAGGUGGAGGUGAUGAUGGCAUCAGCUAUGCCCAGGAAGGCGAUGACGUUAAGAGGGAAAAGGGAGGGGAGGAGAACGGUGGAGGUAACGGCAGCGAUAACGAUGAAGGGAGGGUGACCGUGAAGUGGAAGAAGAACGUCGUGGGUUUCGAUUAUGGAUUCCAAGCGCGGUACUGGCAGGCCUCAGCAGCCGUGCCGGGAAACUUCAUCCAGCUCGCUCUGCAAAACUUCGGACGUGAGUGGAAGGCACUUCGGCGAAAUGUUUUGUAUGCUGAUUACGGAAGGAUCACAGUUGUGGUUGUGGUUGUGGUUGUGGUUGUGGUUGUGGUGGUGGUGGUGGUGGUCGUGGUUGCGGUCGUGGUGAUGGUUGUGGUGGUGGUGGUGGUUGUGGUUGUGGUGGUGGUGGUGGUGGUGGUUGUGGUUGUGGUUGUUGUUGUGGUUGUUGUUGUUGUUGUUGUUGUUGUUGUUGUUGUUGUUGUUGUUGUUGUGGUUGUCGUGGUUGUGGUUGUGGUGGUUGUGGUUGUGGUUGUUGUUGUGGUUAUUGUUGUGGUUGUGGUUGUUGUGGUUGUGGAGGUGGUUGUGGAGGUGGUUGUUGAGGUGGUUGUUGAGGUGGUUGUUGAGGUGGUUGUUGUGGUGGUUGUUGUGGUGGUGGCUCUUGUGGCGGUUGUGGUGGUGGUUGUUCUGGUGGUUGCUGUGGUGGUGGCUCUUGUGGCGGUUGUGGUGGUGGUUGUUCUGGUGGUUGCUGUGGUGGUGGUUGUGGUUGUUUUUGUGGUGGAGGUUGUGGUGUUGAUAGUUGCUGUUGUGGUGUUGAUAGUUGUGGUGGUGAUUGUCGUUGUUGUUGCCGUUGUCAUUGUCAUCGUGGCUGUCGUCGUGGUUGCCGUUGUGGUUGUCACUGUGGUUGUCAAUGUGGUUGUCGCUGUGGUUGUCGUUGUCCUCACCGUUGUUGUGGUCGUCGCCGUUGUUGUCGUCGUCGUCAUUAUCGUCGUUGUGGUCGUCGCCACUCUUUUCGCCGUCGUUGUUGUCGUCGUCAUCGUUGUCGUUGUUGUUGUCGUCGUCAUUGUCGUUGUUGUGGCCGUUGUUAUCAUCGUGGUUGUUGUCGUCGUCGUCUUCAUUGCCCUUUCUGUUGUUCCUGCUGUUCUUGUUGUUGUUGUUCUUCUUCUUGUUUGUUCUUAAAGGGCAAGCUCAGGGAGAGGGCCGUUGGCUGUCUUUGGCCUGAAUGUCUUGCGAGGAUUCUUGGAGAUUCUCAGAGGUGUCGACAAAGUACUGCAGCUAUAUGAUGCUCUUCCAGAGAUUAAGCCAGAGGAGUUGGUUGGCACGGGCGCGCUCUAUGUCCACACGGUAACGCCUGGUGAACUCUGCAGUUCCAGGUGUCAGCGUAGGGGUAGCCUUAUUGAUGAUGUCAUCGAGAGGCUGCCGUGGCGCACGACCCCAGUGUAACUGGUAGGGUGUAAAGCCAGUAGAGAGUGUACAGAAGUAUUGUAUACUAGCUGUGCACGACCUAAAUGGAGAUCCUAGUCCUGCUGAUCUGGACCGAUCACAGGACACAACAACUGAAAUAAAAUCUGGUUCAUCACUUCAGCCUAUCCAUUGGCUUCAGGAUGAUGACCAGAUGUCAUAUCCUGUCUGGAAUGAAGGUAAUCCCUGCAGUAGGAUUGCCAUUCAUUGCUGCAAAAACGAGGAUCUCGGUCACUGACUAUAGAGGUGGGUGGUCCAUGAUGUGUGACCCACCUGUCAGCAAAUGCCGCCUGAACGGCUGGAACACGAGCCUCAGCUGGUAAGGGGAUGAACUCUGCAUAUUUGGAGAACCGAUCCACGCACACCAUAACCUGACGCAUACCAUGAGGUGUGGUCCUACCCAAGUCAGUAAAGUCAAUAGACACUG